GUCUUGCAGGAGGAGGGCGUGCUCCAGGAGAUCGACAUCAGCCACCACGUGAGGGACGGCUGCGAGAAGGCCGACGCCUCCCAGUUUGAGCUGCUGAAGGUCUUGGGACAAGGCUCCUACGGGAAGGUGUUCCUGGUGCGCAAGGCCGUGGGGCCGGACGCUGGGCAGCUGUACGCCAUGAAGGUGCUGAAGAAGGCCACGCUGAAAGUUCGGGACCGCGUCAGGUCGAAGAUGGAGAGAGACAUCUUGGCGGAAGUGAACCACCCCUUCAUCGUGAAGCUGCACUACGCCUUCCAGACGGAGGGGAAGCUCUACCUGAUCCUGGACUUCCUGCGUGGAGGGGACCUCUUCACCCGGCUCUCCAAGGAGGUGAUGUUCACGGAGGAGGACGUCAAGUUCUACCUGGCGGAGCUGGCCCUGGCGCUGGACCACCUGCACGGCCUGGGCAUCAUCUACAGGGACCUGAAGCCCGAGAACAUCCUCCUGGACGAAGAGGGUCACAUCAAGGUCACAGAUUUCGGGCUGAGCAAGGAGGCCAUCGACCACGACACGCGCGCCUACUCGUUCUGCGGGACCAUCGAGUACAUGGCGCCCGAGGUGGUGAACCGACGGGGCCACACGCAGAGCGCCGACUGGUGGUCCUUUGGCGUGCUGAUGUUCGAGAUGCUGACGGGGUCCCUGCCGUUCCAGGGCAAGGACAGGAAGGAGACCAUGGGCCUCAUCCUCAAGGCCAAGCUGGGCAUGCCCCAGGGCCUCAGCGUGGAGGCGCAGAGCCUGCUGCGAGCGCUCUUCAAGCGGAACCCGUGCAACCGGCUGGGUAAGCGCCGCCCGCGCCCGGGGACACGGGGGACGGGACACCUGCCCCCGCUCUGCUCCUGCUCCGGGUUCCCGGUCCCGGAGCGGGUGAGGGUGGGGGUGCUGUCGCCUGAGCUCCAACGUCACCCCUUCUUCGCCAACAUAGACUGGAAUAAGCUGUACCGGAAGGACAUCAAGCCGCCCUUCAAGCCCGCGGUGGGCCGGCCCGAGGACACCUUCCACUUCGACCCCGAGUUCACAGCCCGGACGCCCACGGACUCGCCGGGCGUGCCCCCGAGCGCCAACUCGCACCAACUGUUCAGAGGCUUCAGUUUCGUGGCCUCCAACCUGGUCCAGGAGCCCCCGCAGCAGGACCCGCACAGAGCGGCCGUUCACCCCAUCGUGCAGCAGCUGCACGGGGACAACGUCCACUUCUCUGACGGCUACGAGGUCAAGGAGGACAUCGGGGUGGGCUCCUACUCCGUGUGCAAGCGGUGCGUGCACAGAGCCACGGACGCCGAGUACGCCGUGAAGAUCAUCGACAAGAGCAGGAGGGACCCCUCGGAGGAGAUCGAGAUCCUGCUGCGGUACGGCCAGCACCCCAACAUCAUCACCCUCAAGGACGUCUACGACGAGGGGCAGUUUGUGUACCUGGUGACGGAGCUGAUGCGCGGUGGGGAGCUGCUGGACCGCAUCCUGCGGCAGCGCUGCUUCUCGGAGCGCGAGGCCAGCGCCGUGCUGUGCACCAUCGCCCGGACCAUGGACUACCUGCACUCGCAGGGGGUCGUGCACCGGGACCUGAAGCCGAGCAACAUCCUGUACGUGGACGAGUCCGGGAACCCCGAGUCCAUCCGGAUCUGCGACUUCGGGUUCGCCAAGCAGCUGCGUGCCGAGAACGGGCUGCUGAUGACGCCCUGCUACACGGCCAACUUCGUGGCCCCCGAGGUGAGCCCCGAGCGGGAGGGGCAGGGUGUGGCGGCCUCGCACACAAACCAAAGAUUCACCCCUUUUGCUAACGGGCCGGACGACACGCCGGAGGAGAUCCUCGCACGGAUCGGCAGCGGGAAGUAUGCGCUGUCCGGGGGCAAUUGGGACUCGGUCUCGGAGGCGGCCAAGGACGUGGUGUCCCAGAUGCUGCACGUGGACCCGCAGCAGCGCCUGACGGCGGUUCAGGUCCUCAAACACCCGUGGGUGGUGAACCGAGAGCACCUGCCCCAGAGCCAGCUCAGCCGGCAGGACGUCCACCUGGUGAAGACCAAAGGUCUGCACUUCUCCGGCAGCCCAGACAGUAAAUAUUUGAGGCGUUUCCAGCCGGAUGCCUCUGUCUCAACUCCGCUCCACUGUGUCGCACAGAACACCGGGGCGACAGGUCCGAGCCUGGAGCCCGUGCUGUCGUCCGGCCUGGCCCAGCGCAGGGGCAUGAAGAGACUCACGUCCACGCGGCUGUAGCCAGCAGGACCCGAUGCCUGGCUGCGGGCACCGGCCUGGGACCUGGGCACGGGCGCUGUUUGAGCGAGCGCAGGCGCCUUCGCUGGGCCCGCGUUUCCCCUUCAGCCUGAGAGGGUCCGAGGGCACCUUCCCCACACCUCCUUGCUCUGCCGCCUCCCACCCGCUUCCCUGGCGGCCGCAGGGACUCCUGUCGCCACUGCACGUGAAGGCCUUCCCCACCCCGGCACCUGCUCACCGGGCGGAUCUGCCACAUGAGGGCCGUGGUCAGGUAGGAGGAAGCAGGCAUGGCAGCGCCUCCCUGGAGGGGCCAGCUUCGAGGGCCUUGGAUGCCGGAGGCUGAAGGUGACAGAGGGCACGGGCACAGGAGCAGAGCCCGGCCCCUGACUAUGACCUACGUCUUGAUGGCCUCGUCUCACGGCCCAACGUGUGUGAUGAGGUCCCAGCUGUGUCCUCGCAGCAGAUCUGAGCGGGAGGCACCCCCAGAACCGCCUGCACUUGGCCUUGGUGCCCAGAAGGAGCCAGCAGGUGCCCGUGCAGCCCGCCCCAGCUCUGGAUGGCAGCGGCCCCGGGGCUGGGCCUCCCGUGGGCUGAAGGCCUGGCUUGGUUGGCUUGCUCCCUCCCCUGUCCCUGGAGACACUGUGACCUGGGGACCCUGACCUCGGGCCUCUGUCGCCCACUGGGGUUGGGGGCACGGCCAGGACUGCGUACGCACAGGAUGCCCUUUGCGGAAGUGGAGCUGUUUGUGCUGUGCCUGCUGCAGGGUCUGUCCUCGGCCAGUGAGUCCGUGUGUCCCGGGUGCACACGGGCGCUCAGGCUGCGCCCCUUCGUUAAUAAAAUCCUAACGGCUCCGCCCGGGGCUAGAGGAGGCA